AUGGCCGCGUUAUCUGAUUGCGAUAUUGCGUCCAUGCAGCAGUUCGUUACAGGUUAUGGGGGCGCAACAGUUACGCUGGCAGAGGUUCUACAGCAGAACGCCACCUUCGGUGGCGGCGAGGCCGAUCUUGAGUUUCCCAUGAAUGACACAGGUCUACCAGCCUUGUGCGUGGUGACGGUCAACAUCAAAUCAUCCAGCACCUCGUCUUACAACUUCGGCCUGUUCCUACCGAACCAGUGGAACAAUCGCUUUAUAGCCUCGGGAAAUGGUGGAUAUGCAGGUGGGAUCAACUGGAACGACAUGGGGACGAACUCUCGAUACGGAUUCGCCUCCAUGUCGACAGACACUGGCCACAUUUCAGGUUCAUUCGACGCAAGCUGGGCACUCAACAACCCCGAAUCUCAAUUGGACUGGGGUUAUCGCGCAAUGCACGGCUCUGUGGUUGUUGCAAAGAUGAUUACCAAUGCAUACUAUGACACAAACAUCAGUUACUCCUACUACUCCGGUUGUUCCACAGGUGGUCGACAAGGUUUCAGAGACAUUGAGUUGUAUCCAGAGGACUUUGACGCCAUCUUGGCGGGAGCACCUGCAUGGUGGACGACUCAUCUUCAACCUGACGCCGUCGCUGUCGGAUUAUCCAACCUGCCAGCCAAUGCUUCGUCGCCUAUUCCGACUUCGUUGUUCCCAGUGAUCGGAGCAGAGGUCAUCCGACAAUGCGAUCCUCAGGACGGCUUCAAAGAUGGCAUCGUUUCGGACCCCGAAGGCUGCAACUUCGUGCCAGAAAUGCUUCUCUGUACCCCGACCUCGAACCAAAGUGCAUGCCUUACUGCACCUCAGAUAAACACUCUGUACCACAUCUACAAUGAUUGGUGGGAGGCCAACCAGACGUUUGUUUUUCCGCACUACGAGCUGGGCUCUGAAGCCCAGUACGGCUUCCUUCUGAACACCGAUUCAGGGACCCCCACCCAGCCUGGAAUUGCUUGGAUCCAGAACUUUCUCUACAACGACACCACCUGGGAUUGGCACGAUUUCUCCUACCAAGUGAUCCUCGACGCGGACCGAAUCAAUCCAGGCAAAGCCAACGUCGGCUUCGACCUGACCGGCUUCUACUCCCGUGGGGGCAAGAUCAUCCAAUAUCACGGCUUUUCGGACGGUCUGAUACCGACUGGAAGCUCGAGGGUUCUCUACAAGAAUAUCUGGAAAACCAUGGGCACUGCAGGUAUCGCUCUAGGCGACUGGUAUCGUCUAUUCUUGAUUCCAGGCAUGCAACACUGUGCAGGCACAGCCGUGGAUGCGCCGUGGUACAUCGCCGCGAGUGGGCAACCCUUCGCGCUGGGCCCAGAGGUGUGGAGUGUACCCGGGUAUAGUGAUCCUAAGCACGAUGCUUUAAUGGCUCUCUUGGAAUGGCGAGAAAAGGGGACGGCGCCCGAGUCGAUCAUCGCGACCAGGUUCAACAAUGACACUAUCACGGCCGGAGUACGUCGCCAGCGGCCGAUCUGUAUGUAUCCAAUGCAGGCAAAGUACACGGGCGCAGGAGACCCUGAUAUCGCCGACAACUGGCAAUGUCAUCUACCGUACUGA